CCGACAUGGGAGGUUACAAUAAUUACGACUCGGCGCCCACGCAAGAGGCUUUCUAUCAGAAUGGCAACUUCAGUGCUUCGGUGUCUGGUCAAUAUGGCUCCCCCACAGAUCCUACUAGUCGCUUAAAUCAGGGAUAUGGGGACUUUGAAGACGAUGCAGGGUACGGUCAGGGAGCCUUUGGGGGCCGUCCGCCUAAGAAGUUCCCACGACGUGAACGGGAUGAUAAGGUGCAUGACUCCAUCAUUGAGGAGCGCAUCCAGCGAGAGCGUCCAUGUCGUACAUUGUUCAUUCGCAACAUCAAGUAUGAGACAAACAGUGACGAUGUCCGAAGAUUAUUUGAGGAGCACGGCGAGAUUCGCACUUUUUUUGAUUUAAUCGCGAACCGAGGCAUGGUCUUCGUGACAUACUAUGACUUGCGUGCCGCAGAACGUGCAAGAGACCGUCUUCAGGGUUCGGAGAUCAGCGGACGGCCUAUCGAUGUCCAUUACUCCCUACCUCGAGACGACCGAGGCGCAGAUAAGAAUCAGUUGCAAGGCACUUUAAUCGUCACGUUAAGAAACUCAGCAAGCGGACAAUUAAUCAACGAUGAUGAAGUCCGUCGUAAGUUUCAACAGUUCGGAGAUGUUAAGUCUGUCCGACCAAUCAAUGAACGCAACGACCAGCGAUAUGUAGAAUUCUACGAUACAAGAGCAUGCGACGAAGCUCACGACAGACUACGCCAUCAAGGUUUGCAGGAUGGCGUUAUGGACAUCGUUUUUGCUGUCGAUCCAGAGGAAAGCCACAAUCCGUCGCCUCGAGGAUUUGACCGCGGCCGUGAGUGGGAUGAACCACAAUCCCGUGGCCGUAGGGGAGGCGGACGUGGAGGACGUGGGAGGGGUCGCGGCAGUUUUGGGGGCGAUGACUGGGAACGCAAGAGCGAUUGGGGCCGUGACCGUGAUCGUGGACGAUCUUACGACGACUACGGCCGUGGCAGAGGCCGUGGCUUUGAUGACGGCUUUGACAACAGGCAAGAUGGAGGGUAUGGAGCCUCAGCUCCUCCCGGCCCACCCGGGCCUACUGGUCCUCCGAGUUACGGAGGACCUCCUGCGCCAUUUACUCAGCAGCCACCCCCCGCACCGCCCGUAGAUGAGCGGCUUGAGCAAGCGAAGAAGGUGCAGCAAUUGCUCGCGGCAUUGAAACAACCACAGGGUGGCGGCGGGGCUUCGAACACACCCACUCCUACGACAGCACCUCCCCCGCCGAUGCCGCCAAUGCGACAGGCCCCACCAGUACCUAACCCGUACUACGCAUCACCGCCAAUGCCUCCGCCCCCACAGCAACAUCGUCCCUUCCCCCCGAACGGACUUCCAUCUGCUCCAAAUGCGAAUCAUUACCCUCCAAUGCCACAGCAGCAGGCUAUGCCACCACAAAUCUCGAUGCCGCCGCAGAGCUCGACCCCCCAGCCUCCCGCAGCAGCUAUAGCGAACUUGCCGCCGAAUCUGCUUGCGCUAUUGCAGCAGAACGGUCAGGCUCAACACCAACAGCAGCAGCAGCAGCAGCAGCAACACCAUCAGCAUGUGUCAAUGCCGCAGAUGCCGUACAAUAUGCCACCGCAACAGAUGAUGACGUCGCCACCUCCGCCGAUUCCUGGUGUGAACUCCAUGCCAUCAGCCUCUCAGCCGGGCUAUCAGCAGCUCAUGGCAUAUUUGCAGUCUCAAAAGCCGCAUCAGUGAGCCGUGAGAACUCAAGCACCAAAAACCAGAGUCCGGUCUCAAAUUUGACGUUCUUGCAGCUAUCUUAUUGAAGUGCUUUCACAGUUCACCGUAAAUAUUGUAAUUCCAACCUUCUCUUGCUGCGAUGCGCGUGUCCUUUUUCUUCAUCUUACUUGUCGCUCGCGUCUCUCCCCUGUCCUCUCCGCUGCUCAUUGCGAUUCCUUACGUCGCGGACUACGCUGUAAUGCAUUCAAUCCGUCGAC